AUGCUACCAAUUGGGCGUGUAUCUGCUCUGUCUGUGUUUUUAUUGUCGUUGCUCGGUGCAACGACCGUUUUUGCUGCGUUUUUGGGAAUCGAUUUCGGCACUCAAAAUGUCAAGGCAAUGGCACUUGCGCCGAACGUGCCCUUGGAGAUGGUGUUGAGUCCAGAGGCAAAAAGAAAGGACGUUUCUGGACUAGGGAUUCGGAAUUUGCCAAGGGCUGCUGGUGGGAAGAAGGCCCAGGAAGUGGAAAGGUUUUACGGUAGUAGCGUUGGUUCUCUCGUUACGAGGUUCCCUCAAAAUAUGGCUCUGCACUUGAAGCCUCUAUUGGGUAUGACUAUGAACGACACAGAUGUGGUUGAAAAGUACCUGAGCGAGCACCCUGGUGUCAAUUUGACCUCUACGAAGAGAUCGAAUAUCGCGUUUGUCAUAGAUGGCAUCGAAUACCCAGUGGAAGAGUUGGUGGGGAUGAACCUGAACGAGAUUUUGCAUAGAUGCGACGCUAUGCUGGAUGACCGAAACACUGUAGCAAACGAGCACGUCGAAUUAUUUUCUCUGAGUGUUCCAGAGUUUUACACACAGAGGCAGCGUAUGUCACUUAUUGAUGCAGCGUCCUUCAUUGAGAGGGCCAAGGGUGCAUAUCUCGUAAACGACGGUUUGGCUGUUGCUAUGGAUUUUGUAUUGCGGAAUCCAAGUCUAGAAAAGGAUAAAACACACCACUUUAUCGUUUACGAUAUGGGGAGCGGGAGCACUAGAGCUACCCUUGUUUCUGCUGUUGUCCCAUCUAACUCUUCUAUCCCUACAAAAAUUGAAUUUGAGGGCUAUGGUUACACCACUGAAGUGGCAGGUUCUCACUUGACGAAUAUCAUUGCUGAUCUCAUAGUGGAUAAGUUUUUGGAGAAAAACUCAAAGAUAAAACGUGACACCUUGAUGUCGAAUGCUAAGUCGAUUGCGAAAAUCAAUCAAGUGGCUGAAAAAAUGAAAUUGGUUCUCAGCGCUAACACUGAUGCUUCUGGCAGCAUUGAGUCUCUGAUCAAUGACCUGGACUUUAAAGUUGAAAUAAGCAGGGAGGAAUUUGAGCGCAGCAUGUCUUCUUUAAACAAGUUGAUCACACACCCACUUGAAGAAGCAGUUUCUUUCCAAUUUGGCAACUCCAGCAACCGUGUUCAAUUAAAAGACGUUGAUGGUGUUAUCCUAACAGGCGGCUCGACCCGUGUUCCAUUUGUACAGCAAGCUCUACUAGACGUUUUGCGUGCGGACCAAAUCAUGAAAAAGGUAAAUGCAGAUGAAUCUACAGUCAAUGGUAUUACCUUGAGGGGUGUCCAGAUGGCCAAUAUCUUCAAAAUGAAACCACUAGACAUCGUUGAUCGUUCUAUUUUCAGCUACACAAUUCAAUUUACCAACGAGACAGGCGUUUUUACCGAAACUUUAUUUGAUGUUGGUGCCACGUACCCACAAGAGAAGAAGCUUAUUUUGAGCGCUACUACUGCUGCUGAAAAGUUUAAUGUCAAGCUUUUUGAAAAUGACAAGCCUCUUCAAACUUUGGACGUGGAAAUGGUCCCUGGUUACACAAAGAGUUCUUGUCCAAAGGGAGUGUCAUAUGAUAUGAAUUUUAAAUUGAACGAAAUAAGGUGCCUUGAGUUAACAGAUAUUCAAGUUACAUGUCUUGAAGACGAUCAAACGCCAAUUGUAACUUCGAAGGGGAACGCCAGUGCCUCCAACUCUACUGCAACCGAGAAGAAAAAAGCAUCCAAGAAGAACAAACGGUUUUCGCCUGCAUAUGAGCUGAUUGAUCCCGUCAUCGCAAAGUUAUCUUAUGGUGAAAGAAUUGACUACAUGAAACACUUGAACAAAUUGGACAGAAACGAUAAAAGACGCUUCGAGUUACAAGAGGCCAAGAACCUAUUGGAAAGCUCCUUGUACGAAGCGCGGAGUGUUAUCACCGAUGAAGACGUUGCUGCGAACGGUCCACCUUCAGAAUUGAAGAAAUUGAACGAGCUAGUUCCAAAAUAUUUGGAAUGGCUUGAAAAUGACUCUGAUAAUGCCAAAAAAAGCGAAUUCGAGGAAAAGAAGCUGAAAAUAGACGCUUCAAAGAAUAAAGUAUUGAAUUAUAUGGCAGUCGCUGGAGAUCCGCUUGGCGAUGCAGAGUUUCAACAGUUUUUGGAUUUUUCUAAGCAAGUCUUGGAAUUUGUUGACAACGCUAGAAAUCGUUCCACUGCCUCACUGAUUGCGUACCAGCAGGAGUUGAAUGAGACAAAGUUUAACUUUACAAAAGCAUAUGAUGACGUCAAAGUACCACCUUACCUAUUGACUCCUUUCGAAAAGUGGUCAGAAGAUGUCGUCUUUUUAAAUCAGACGCAACGGGGUGUUGAACAUCAACUAAAGGAUAAAACCUUUGCUGGUUUAGAUAGGGAAGCGCGCUAUGAACUAAAGGCAGGGUUAUCCAGAUUACUGGAUUCUGUCGGUAAAUUUGAUGUCGUGGAAAAUGUCGUUCAAUACCGUCUACAAGAGUGCAAAGCAGCGUACGAACGAAAGCUAAAGGUGGAGAAAAAGAGGGCGAUGAGGCAACUACAAAAGUCACUAAAGAGUAAAGCUGAUGAAAAGUCAGCAACUGCCUCUAACAGCACGAUAGAAUUAACCACUUCCGCGACGACCAAGUCACCAUUAAGUUCUCCAUCCACUUCUACCACCAUUGACUUACAUGAUGAGUUGUAG